AUCGUUCUGCACAUCACUGAUCGUAAAAGCCGGAGCGCAGAGCGCGAGAGUCCGGAACAAAGGCGCGCGGACGUGAGGGAUCUGAAGAGGGAAGAGAGGAGGAAGAGGGUGAUGAGGAUGAGGAUGGUCUGAUCACUAUCCUGGCUCCUGCAUUGGUAAUCUAACGGUACACAUUCGAUGCGGUUCGGUUCGGUUCGGUUCGGGUGAGGGGCAAAGCCGCGUGCUGAAGCAGAUGGAGCAGAGUGGGAUGCAGAGGAGAGCUUACUGACUCUCACACAGCAAUGUGUGUGUGUGUGUGUGAGUGUGUGUGAGUGGUGAACAUCAGGAGCUUACUGAACAUCAGGAGGCUGGAGGUUGAGCUGAACACUGCGGGAUUUCCUCAGGAUUAUCUUCACAGGACGAACCGGCUGCAGCGCGCAGGUAUGGUCUGUGACCCACACCGCAGCAGAAACAGAAGCAGCAGCAGCAGCAGCAGCAGCGCUACCAUGAGAGGAAGCGUGUGCUUCACCGCCGUCUUCCUCAGCUUCACAUGCCAUGUUAGCCUCUCACAGGCCACCACCGCAACCCCGAAUGAAGCAGAGUUGAACGACAACAUCACAGUUUUCACUCGGAUCCUGGACGGACUGCUGGAUGGCUACGACAACAGACUGCGUCCCGGCCUGGGAGAAAAGGUGACUGAGAUCAAGACCAACAUCUUUGUCACCAGUUUUGGUCCCGUGUCUGAUACUGAGAUGGAGUACACAAUCGAUGUGUUUUUCCGCCAAAGUUGGAAGGAUGAGCGCUUGCGCUUCAAAGGUCCCAUGGGGAUGCUGCCUCUGAAUAACCUGCUGGCCAGCAACAUCUGGACUCCAGACACCUUCUUCCUGAACGGCAAGAAAUCCAUCGCGCACAACAUGACCACGCCGAACAAGCUGCUGAGGCUGCAGGAUGACGGCACGCUGCUCUACACCAUGAGACUGACCAUAUCAGCCGAGUGUCCGAUGCAGCUGGAGGAUUUCCCCAUGGACGCUCACGCCUGUCCUCUCAAGUUCGGCAGCUAUGCCUACCCAAUCUCAGAGGUAGUGUACAAGUGGACCCAAGGCCCAACAAAGUCUGUGGUGGUGGCAGAGGAUGGUUCACGACUCAACCAGUACCAUCUGAUUGGCCAGACAGCCGGCACUGAGGACAUCAACACCAGCAGAGGCCUCUACACAGUGAUGAUGGCUCACUUCUACCUGAAGAGAAAGAUCGGAUACUUCGUCAUCCAGACCUACAUGCCGUGCUUCAUGACGGUCAUUCUGUCGCAGGUCUCCUUCUGGCUGAAUCGGGAGUCCGUCCCUGCGAGGACGGUGUUUGGAGUGACUACAGUGUUGACCAUGACCACGCUGAGCAUCAGCGCCCGAAACUCGCUGCCCAAAGUGGCCUACGCUACAGCCAUGGACUGGUUCAUCGCCGUGUGUUACGCCUUCGUCUUCUCCGCCCUCAUCGAGUUCGCUACCGUCAACUACUUCACCAAACGCAGCUGGGCGUGGGACGGCAAGAAAGCCAUGGAGGCGCAACAGCCCAAAAAAAAAGACCCGCUGGCGCUGUCCAAGAAACCCAACAACACGUGCUCCACCGGCAUGAACUUCACGGCCAACAUCACCAAAGACUCCGCCAUCGCCACCAUCUCCAACAGCACCACCGUGCAGAUGAAGAGCUCCGAGAGCAAGUCCACGCCAGACCCCAAGAAAACGUACAACAGCGUCAGCAAGAUCGACAAGAUGUCCCGGAUAGUGUUCCCCGUCCUCUUCGGUACCUUCAACCUGGUCUACUGGGCCACGUACCUCAACAGGGAACCGGUGAUUAAAGGAGCAGUUUCGCCUACAUAGAAAGUUCUCGCAUUCGUCCCCUUCCUUCUUUUUUUAUCCCUUUUUUCUUGCCAUUCUUAAUAAACUGGAAGGAAAAAACACCCAAUGUCCACCAUCGCAUUAUCAUUAUCAGAUUAUUAUCACAUCUCUCCUGCACUCCCCUCUAUUUAUUUUUAUUUUUAUUUUUAUUUUCGUUCUCAGAGAUUGCAUGAUCAGUUCGAAGCUCUGCAGGAACACCGUCUUAUUGCCAUGUCUGCCUUGACUUUCUACUGUAUAUUACUCUUCUAUUAGGAUUUCAGAGAAGAUUGUUAAAUUUCCCUUACGAAAUCUUAACGUACUCCACGCGAACAAGGGUUUCAAUCACGAUAGCUCAGUUUGCGACUUUCAAAUAUGACAAAAUAUGAAGAAGAAUAUGCAUUUGGCAUCUACAUGAGCUUAUUGGUCUGUUACAGUGCCUUGCAUAAGUAUUCACCCCCAUGGACUUUUCUGCAUUCUGUAGUGUACUAAAGUGGAACUGAUUUGUACUAAACUGCCAUUUAAUUUCCAUAAUAUGUCUAAAAAAAAGCAUACAUUUGUUGAUUUCAUAAGUAUUCAUCAACAGCCACAGAUUCUCAAUCCGACCUGGGUCUGGGCGCUGACUGGGAUGAUCUAGAACAUUCAGGUUCUUGGUUUUGGAACCACUCCAGUGAAGCUCUGUCAGUUUACUCAGAGUCGUUGUCCAGUUACAAGGUGAAGCUCCGCCCCAGUCUUAAGUCUCUUGUAGACUAGAACAGGUUUUCUUCUAGGAUUGCUCCUAACCCUAACCCUACCCCUCAGCCCUGACCAGUUUCCUAGUCCCCCAUGAUGAAAGGCCUCCUAAGAACAAGAUGCUACCACCCCCAUGCUUCACAGUAGGCACGAUGUUCUCAGGAUGAUGAGCGGUGUUGGGUUUCUGCCAAACAAAGCACUUUGUGUCAAGGCCAAAAUCUUCAAUCCUUGUCUCCUCAGACUAGAGAACCUUUUCUACAUGUUUACUGAGUCACCAAGAUGACCACCAAGAUGAGUCACGCAGCUGACCACUCCUCCGUACAGCCCAGUUUUGUGGAGCUGUGGUUGUCCUGUGAAGAGCUUCUCCUGUCUCAGCUUCAGAGUCACCCUCAGCCUCUUGGUUUGUUUCUCUGACAUAGUAGUGGACUUAAUGUGGCUGCGCGGGAUGUUAAAAAAAAUGUGAUCUUGGUUUUCAUGAUGCUGUUCGUUUAGAUAUGUUCUCGGUAAGACUUUCGGGUCUCCCAGGAACAGGUGUAUUUACACUGAGAUCACAUGACACUUUACUUGCACACAUGCCAACUCCAUUCAAAUAAUUAUGUCACGUCUGACAGAGAGGGGUGUGUGUGAAUACUUAUGCAAUCACAACUUUUAUAUUUUUAUUUGUAAAUAAUUUUGCAUCCUAUUGAUUUCACCUCCAUUUCAAUAUUAUGGGCCCUUUUGUGUAGAUUCAUGGCAUAAAAUCCCAAUUAAGUCCAUUUCAGUUCCAUAUUUAAACGUUACGACAGGUGAAAACGUUCAGGAGGGGUGAAUACUUAUGCAAGGCACUGUAUAUGUAAAUCAUCACGAAGUCAGAAAUGCCAAAUGCUAUGCAAAAAGAAUUUUCUAUUCUAUUGGUAUUGAAAUGCUUAUAUUGAAAUAUAUCGCUUUUGUAUGAAUGAGCUCGAAGCUUCUGGUGUUUAAGUUGUCGCUUGAGCAUUUCGGAGCUGCGAGUGCCGAGGCAAAGCAGACGAUUAGCCAUGCUAAAAGUGUUGCCUUCUUUCAGAGAGUGCACUAAAAAAAGAAGAAAAAAAAAAAGAUCGCUUUUUAAACCAACUUUUGAGUCUAUUUGUUAUAUAGAGCUUGAAGCCAUUUUGAAGUACUGGGCUGAACCUUUGCAUUGCGCCGUCUAGUGGCAGCUUUUAUAACUUUUGCUCUUUAAUACUCGCAGUAUGUGGAGUAAAGGAGGUCGGGUUGCAGUUAUGACUUUCAAAAUCACUUGUAUAUAGGCUGCGUGUGCUUUCGCUUUAAUGUCCGAGAGAAAUAAACGUUGUGCUACGAUGCUAUGCUAAAGAACGUGCAGCUACAGAAACGCAAACGCGAGCAUUUCUGCAUUUCUGCAUUUCUUUCCUCCCACCACAUCCUCUCGUCAAUCCUCUUAGUGUGUAGCUUUGCUUCUACAUAAUCUUUUUACAUUGUAGUGAUAUGAAUCGCUUAUAAACUUAUUUAUCAUUAAGACGUUGCGGCUUGCUGGAGCACAGCACGCAGAGAGCUUUUCAGAAGCCAUAAUUUGUUGACAUUCUUUAAAAGAAAGGCUUGAUUUUUUUUUCCCUUCGUGCUACCAUGGAAACGAAUCGACACCAGUUUCCAUCAGAGUUAGAAAGGAAGAAUGAAAAGAUGUUUAGAGUAAACAAAAUACAUAUUCAACCAGAAGUGACCCUGAGCCUGAACAAGAGAAGAGCGGAGAUGAAAAAAAAAAUGUGUGUGUUUUGUGUGACAGAGACAAGAAGGAGUUUUUAAAGAGAAAAAAAAGAAACUAAGAAAAGAUAGAGAGAGAGAGAGAGAGAGAGAGAGAGAGAGAGAGAGAGAGAACUGGUUACUGGCAUAAUGGCAGAUUGAGAAAAGAAACAAACAAUGGAAAAAAAAGUGAUAGUGAGUAUUAGUUAGGGAGCAAAAGUUUGUACCCCCUCCAUUGUUUUUGAAUGGCAUAAAGAAAAAGGUCAUACAGUACUGUGCAAAAGUCUUUAGCAGCCUGUACUUCAGUACAAAAAUAUUUUAAAUCCAAACAUUAGUUUUCCAGCACAAAAUGAAAUGUUCCAGAAAAAUGUUUGUAUGUCAGUAAAGAAAGCAGCAGAUUCCAUAAGAGACACUUUUCAGAUAAAAACAUAAUGAAGGCUGCUGGGUUUCGCUGCAGAAAUAAGAAGCGAGUCGACAGUCAAAGUCUCCAGAAGAACUGUGGCUGCUUCUGCAAGAUGCUCAGUAACACUUCCAGCUCAUUUCCUUAUAAAACUGUACACACUGCACCUCAGAUACUGCUUUAUUUAUUUAAAGUGAAGGAUCGUCACAUUAAAUAUUGACUUUGUUUCAUUUAUUACUGUUUACUGCUCUUUAUAGGAUUUUUUUUAAUGUAGAAACAUUUAAUUUCAUUAUAUUUUGAAGGCAUCUCUACAUUUCUUUGCAUGUGCCUAAGACUUUUGCACAGUACUGUAUAUACUGUAUAUAUAAGUCCUGGAACAAGGUGAAAAUUAAAAGUGAGUGAAUAUCUAAGGAACCAAGAGGAUCCAAAAAAAAAAAAAAAAGAAAAAAAGCUGUUCAGUGGAUGAGAAAGAGGCAAAGAAAUCAGCCAAGACAUCCAAGUUUGACCAAAAAUACUACAAGUCUCGUGGCUGUAAAUCUUCUUCAUUUUCUCCUAAGGGGAUGCAAACUUUUGCACUUAGUGAUAGAUAGAUAGAUAGAUAGAUAGAUAGAGGGGCACAAAUUUGGUCUAACAAAUGUAAAGUAAAGUCUUAAUAAAGCUGAUUAAUUCUGUAUAACAUACAGCAGCUCGGACACACACUGUGCAACUGCCUCAGAUUAAAUGUCAAUUACGUCUCCAGUCCCUUCAGGCUAAAAAAUAUUAGCAACUCCGCAGCACUCAGUGUUAAUGAUGUGUUAAUUCUGGGUGUGAAAUCUUAAAUUAAAAAAAAGACGCCUUUUCUGGACUUGGUUCGGAGAAUAUCUUCAGUAGGGUUUGAGACAGAUUCUCUCAGUGACCUGUUUGUUUCUGCUGAUUGAAACGUGUUUGACAUUUGCGUGAGAUUCUCUCAACCUACAGCAAUGCUGAUAUAAAAUACUAACAGGUGCCGCUGUGCAUGAAUGCUGUUUUCCACGCCAAAUCAGAAACAGUAGCUCCGCUAGCACGGGUGGACGAAUCAUGUAUUUAUUAGCUAACCCACAAGGUCGAAGCUCCAGAGUCCUGCCCAGUCUCAGGUUUUUCCCCGGAAACCAAACUGACGAGGCUAAAAAGUGGAAACUAACGUAAUGUGAUAACAUAUUGUGUUAUGUUUCUAACAAAGUUUCUAAUAGAGCACAGUGUGUUUGUGGCAUCAUCAAAACGUUUCGGCUAGGAGGUGUGCUGUUCUGUUCCUGCAUCACUCUUAAAAGAUAUUCAUCUAGAUAUUCGUCUAUUAGUCAGGCUAGCGUCUUUAUUUUUUCUCAGCAUGUUUAACCUUUAGGUGACAUUGUGUAGUAAACAGGACAGUCAGUCUACAUGACAGUUUUACAUUCGAUUUUAUUUCGCUUGGUAUCUUCAGUGUUUCCAAAUACAUUGAAUAAAUAAAUGAAAACUUUUUUUUUUAAUUCUACCAACUUGCCACAGUAAACAAACAUUUUGUUUUAAUUUUGCUGAACUGAAAAAAAAAAAUGUUACAGCAUAUUAUUUCUGUCCAAGGUCAACUUUUUUAGUGUACUUGCAUGUUCCUGAUUUAGAGAUUUCGCGAAGAUCAUCCCCGGUGCGUUCAUGCUAGUUAAUCCAGCUAGUAAAAGCCAAUGUGUGUAGUGCAGCAGGCGGUGGGAUUCAGGAAGAGUGGCGUGUGCUACAUUUACUGCAUCGAGGUGCAUCACAUCACCAUGGAGCGUAUUACAUUUUAAACACACCCUGGAAAUCAAAACGUUUAGUUUGUGAACGUCAGUAAGGAGUAAGGUUUUUGUAGUUCAGGCAACUAGCGUUUAAAAAAAAAAAGAAGAACCUGGACGUGAAAUCUGUUCCAGGAUACUGAUUUGUCCACUCAUGACUAGACUUCUAUAUACGUCAGAUUAUGAAGUUCGAUUUCCCAUCAAAAAAAGUAAAAGCCCCUCUAUCACUUUUGUGCUGAUAGAUAGAUAGAUAGAUAGAUAGAUAGAUAGAUAGAUAGAUAGAUAGGUAGAGGCCAGGGAGGAAGUGAUUGAAACACAUGUGUCUGAUUCACACCCUACAACUUUAAUUCAGGUUUAUAACCUCUUAUUACACGUCUGUUAUAAUAACACAAUCCCACACACACACACACACACACACUGUGCUGUGAGGUUAAGUGCUGAUGUGAACGUGAAAAGGUUCCACGAUUGUACUGAAAUCAUUACAUUAUGAAUUUAAUGGAAUUAUUAUUGCUAUGUGAAUGCUGUUCAAGGAGAAGCGGAUGUCGUUAACAGGAAGAAUGAGUGACGAGCUCUCGGGGAAAAUAAGGAUGGUUCAUUCGGUUGCACAGGAUUGUGUUGUUUUUUUUGUUCUUCUUUUUAAAACUAACAAUUAUUUCAGUGAUGUACAUUUGUCAUGUAAUAUGUCUCAAGCAAUAAAACUCAUGCCUGAUAUGUUGACUGAUA